CUGGAGAUGAAACACCUGCCCGGCGCUGACCCCGAGCUUGUGCUCCUCAGCCACCGGUACGAGGAGCUGGAGAGAAUCCCCCUGAGCGACAUGACCCGGGAGGAGAUCAACCAGCUGGUGCAGGAGCUGGGCUUCUACCGCAAGGAGAUGCCUGAUGCCCCCGUGCCUGAGGAGUUCCGGUUUGCCCCUGCCAGGCCUCUGCCCACCCUGCCACCCCGCCACGCUGCUGACAGCAGGACUCCACCCAAAGGUGACAAGAAAGAACACCCAGACCUCUAG